AUGAUUUAUUAUUAAAAUAAUGGUGGUCUUAGACACGUAAAAAUAAAAAAAUAACCAGGAUAAGGAUAUAUUGGCAAAACAGUUGAAUUAGAUUAAUCAAUUUUCAAUGUUCCAUUAAGAAGAGAUUUUGUGCAUUCAUAUUUUAUUUGGAGAUAAAAAAGAGAUAAAAUAUAAACUCAUAUAUGUAGAAAUAAAGCUACUACAAGAGGUUCGGGUAUAAAGCCUUAAGCUUAAAAAGGAACUGGUAAAGCUCGUUAGGGAAAUAAGAGAUCACCUCAUUUAAAAAAAGGUGGUAAGGCUUUUGGACCUAGACCUAGAAUUUUGAGAUAAUCAUUGAAUAAAAAAGUUAGGCUUUAAGCUUUAAAAGUAAUGCUAAGUGCAAAAUUAGCUGAAGGAAAAUUAAGAAUUAUAGAAUCUGAAGCUGUAAAUGAACCCAAAACUAGAUCUAUAGCAAAAUAAUUAAAUAAAAUUGAUCCGUAUUCAAGAAUUCUUAUUAUUCAUGGUUAUAAACCUGAUAGAAACUUCGAGUUGGCUCAUAGAACUAUUAAAAAAAUAGAUUCAGCUCCACCAGAUGUAAAAAAAAAAAAAUUGUAAAAACAUAUGAUAAUAACCAUAAUAUAAUAGCAAGUAAGUGUGUAGUAAUUACUUUAAAAUGAUAGAAUUUUCAUUACAUUAGAAGGGCUAAGAUAAUUAACAUAAGAGUUGACAGAUAGAACUUUCAGAUAAUUCAGAUUGAGACACGUUGAAAGAGGUAUUUUACCAAGUGAAUAAGAAAAAAUAAAGUUAUUCCCUAUAGAAAAUCAAGAAUAAGAAACAAAAUAUACUUACGAUUCUUCCAAACCUUUAUAAUUCAAAUUUAAAAUAUUAUAAGAUUAUUAUUAAUAAUAUGAAAAACUUAAAAACUCAGGAGAAAUUUAGAAAUUUAUUGAAAAAAAAUGA